AUGGAAGGCAUAGUGACCAACGGCUCUGAUGGAGCUUCUUUUGGUCCUCCCCCAGAUCCCGUUGAGCGUCCGCCAACCCCACCUCCACCUCCUCCUGAGGACUCGGGCGCGCCUCCACCGCCGCCAGACCAUGCGGUCCCUCCGCCUCCCCCAGAAGAUGCGCCGCCCGCACCUCCAACGGAAGCUAAGAGUAAGAAGCUAGGGUGGGGAGCAAAAAAGCCAGCGGUGGCUCCGCUGAGCGUGGAAGACCUUAUUCGGAAGAAGAAGGAGGCCGAUGCAGCAACUGCGAAGCCGAAGUUUUUAUCCAAAGCCGAACGAGAGAAACUUGCGCUGGAGAAACGGGCCAAAGAAGUGGAGGCUGAACGGCAAGCUAAGGUGAUAUCAAACGGUGGCAAAAGUAACGGGGUUUCAUCCGAGUCACGACCCGCGAGAGUAGAAGAUGUGGACAACUAUCGCAGAGAUCCAAGUGGACGCGUUCCUACUGGACCUCGUGCCAUGCGCGGCAACGUCCCAGCAGGGCCAGGCGCUUCACGCAACGGAAAGGCGUCGCGGAAUCGCGACCUGGACCCGCCGCCUCCCCCAAGGCCGAAGAACCCCAAAGCCGACAAGCGCCUAGCGGAGGAAGAUGAGGCUACAGCACAAGCAGCGCUCGUGAAGCAGCGAUAUAUGGGAGCGGAUCAGACCUCGAACUUCUCCGCAAAGAAGAAGCGCAAGCGUACGACGGACCGGAAGUUCAACUUUGAGUGGAACGUUGAGGAGGACACCAGUGGCGAUUACAACCCGUUAUACCAGAGCCGACACGAAGCGAACUUCUUUGGCCGCGGCCGAUUGGCAGGUUUCGGAGAGGAUGUGGCGGAUAGUAUGGCGCGCAAGUACGCGCAAGCACUGGAGACCCAGGAUCAUGAGUCUGGUGGUAUGCGUGCUAAAGAAAUCUUGGAGAUGGAGCGUCGCCGCCGUGAAGAGAGCACGCGCAACCAGCUCGACAAACACUGGAGCGAGAAGCGGCUGGACCACAUGCGCGAGCGAGACUGGCGUAUCUUCAAGGAAGAUUUCAACAUCGCCACCAAGGGUGGUAGUGUGCCCAAUCCGAUGCGGUCAUGGGAGGAAAGCCAGCUGCCGAAGCGUUUGCUGGAGCUCAUUGACCGUGUUGGUUACAAGGAGCCUACCGCCAUUCAGCGUGCGGCUAUUCCAAUCGCUCUGCAAUCCCGCGAUCUCAUCGGUGUUGCUGUGACCGGAUCCGGUAAAACAGCUGCAUUCCUGCUUCCGCUGCUGGUAUACAUCUCAGAACUACCACGGCUGGAUGAGAAUGAAUGGCGCAAGAACGACGGACCGUACGCCAUUGUCCUCGCGCCUACUCGUGAGUUGGCCCAGCAAAUCGAGAUUGAAGCCAAGAAGUUUACACAGCCACUGGGAUUCAACGUCGUUAGUAUUGUUGGUGGUCACUCGCUUGAGGAACAAGCUUUCAGUCUGCGCGAUGGCGCAGAAAUCAUUAUAGCCACUCCCGGUCGUCUCGUCGACUGUAUUGAGCGCCGGAUGUUGGUUCUCGGCCAAUGUUGCUACGUGAUUAUGGAUGAAGCUGAUCGCAUGAUCGACCUGGGUUUCGAAGAACCCGUUAACAAGAUUCUUGACGCUCUUCCAGUCACUAACGAAAAGCCUGACACUGAGGAGGCCGAGAACCCACGCGCUAUGAGCCAGCACCUUGGCGGACGAGACCGGUACCGCCAAACAAUGAUGUACACGGCCACCAUGCCUGCCGCUGUUGAGCGCAUUGCGCGCAAGUACUUGCGCCGUCCCGCUAUCAUCACCAUUGGCGGUGUUGGCGAAGCCGUCGACACUGUCGAGCAACGCGUCGAGAUGAUUCCUGGCGAAGACAAGCGCAAGAAGCGACUCGCCGAGAUUCUCUCAUCGGGCGACUUCCGACCUCCCAUCAUUGUCUUUGUCAACAUCAAACGCAACUGCGAUGCCAUCGCGCGCGAAAUCAAACAAAUGGGCUUCUCCUCUGUUACCCUGCAUGGUUCCAAAACUCAAGAACAGCGUGAAGCCGCCCUGGCCUCCGUCCGAAGCGGCGGUACCGAUGUUCUGGUCGCCACCGAUCUCGCCGGUAGAGGUAUCGAUGUGCCGGACGUCUCCCUUGUCGUCAACUUCAACAUGGCUGGUUCCAUUGAGAGCUACACCCACCGUAUCGGUCGUACUGGUCGUGCGGGCAAGAGUGGUGUUGCUAUCACGUUCCUGGGUAGCGAGGAUUCCGAUGUCAUGUACGAUCUCAAGCAAAUGCUUACCAAAUCUCCUAUCUCCCGUGUGCCCGAGGAAUUGCGGAAGCACGAAGCAGCACAGUCCAAGCCGACGCGUGGCCAGGGCAAGAAGAUCGAGGACAGCUCUGGAUUCGGAGGAAAGGGAGGGUGGGCGUAA